GGGCCGUACGUACCAUUCCUCCUCUCGACAUGUUUCCAACCCGUCUACUCCGUUCAUCCACCGUCAAUGCAAACGAAAUCGCACAUUUCUCGAGACUUUCCGCAGAAUGGUGGAACGAACGUGGAGAAUUCACGUUCUUGCAUAAGAUGAAUCCUGUCAGAAUGCAAUUCAUACGCGAAAAACUCAUAGAAACUGCUUACGACGAACAGCCAGAGGAAGCAGUCGACGCCAAAAAAGUCGAAGUUCUGGCAGGGCUUGAUGUGUUGGAUGUAGGGUGUGGAGGUGGUCUGUUGUCUGAAAGCCUGGCUCGCCUUGGUGCUCGAACUACUGGAAUAGACGCGUCAGAAUCUAAUAUAGCCAUUGCUCAGCACCAUGCAUCGCUAGACCCACGGCUGGGUUCAAAUCUGACCUAUAAACACGCUCCGGCAGAAUCCUUGUUACCACAAUCUAAACGAUACGACGUCGUUUGCUCAAUGGAGGUCCUUGAACACGUAGAUAAUCCUGCAAUGUUUCUCAAAACUUGCGCAGAGCUGGUAAAACCUUCAGGACACCUAUUCCUUUCGACAAUUUCUCGCACACCACUAUCUUACUUCCUAACAAUAUUCAUGGCUGAAAAGGUCCUUCGUCAAAUUUCUGGUGGUACGCACACGUAUUCCAAAUAUAUCAAACCCUCAGAACUACUCGAAUUCUUCCAAUCUUAUUCCUCGCAUAUGCAUUGCACUGCGGAGGAACAGAGAGCUCGGAAUGACUCCCGGCCAUGGAUAACUCGCCUUUAUAAUGGUGAGCCUACGAGAAGAGAGGCUGAAAUCCGAGGGAUGAUAUACAAUCCUCUUUCUGCGAGUUGGAUACUGGCUCCAAGGGGUGCAUGGGGUGCAGCAGAGUGUAAUUAUCUUUUCUGGAUUCGCAAACCUGAUCUAGAUAUGUUGUGAAUCGUGAUUCAUGAUAACAUCAAGUACUAAAACAUCGCUUAUUGGUGUCAAAGCUGUGGUUAUAUGUCCAAAAAAGUAGCAUUUCUAAUUUGAAUACAAAACUUACUCCUCUUUCUCUGUA